AUGAUCAGUACCACAACUGACGAGCCAAUUCACGUGCUCGAUCUGCCCCAGAUCUACCAGAAGGCCUCUGGGACCGAGCUCCUCAAGGCGCUCGCUUUAUUAGCGUUGCAGCCACGCACAUUCGGGACCAGUGCGGAGGCUAUCAAGGGCCCCUCGGUCCAGCCGGCGGGGGUGACGAGGUAUCUCACCCAGAUCAUCUCCAGUCCACUGUCAUGGCUGGAGACCGAUGAAUUGCGCGAGGCUGUAUGGGAUACGGCGGGAGCUCGUCUGAGUGAACGAUCGGGUCGUACUGCCAUGCCAGCCAUGUCCCGCAUCUUCAAUAUUCCCACGUCCUCCGGCGAAGACUAUACCCUCACAUUGCACGAACCAUCUCUCACCUCGGACAACCUGGGCAUGAAGACUUGGGUGUCAUCCUACCUGCUCUCCCGUCGGCUGCACAAACUGCUCGAAUCACCGCCCGAACUCGUCCCCGUUAGUUCGACAGAUCCAUCGACCGGAUCGUCUCAGGGAAAGAAGCCACUUCGGGCUCUUGAACUCGGCUCGGGUACCGGACUCGUCGGAUUGUCCUUUGCGGCAUUGAAGGGCAAGUCAGCCACGGUUCACUUGACCGAUCUCCCCGAGAUCGUCCCGAACUUGGCUCAUAAUGCCGCUCUGAAUGUCGAGCUGCUCAAUAAGUCCGAGGCCAAUGUGACUAGCGGAGUGCUGGAUUGGUCUGUGACGCCCACGCCGCUCCCCACUGCGGAAGAGCGAUUCGAUGUGAUCCUCGCGGCUGAUCCGCUGUACUCACCAAGCCACCCAAAGUGGUUGGUUGACACAAUCGCACCCUGGCUGAGCAAGGGAUUAGAUGCUCGUGUUAUCACUGAAAUGCCGUUGCGUGAUGCAUACCUGCCUCAAGUGCAAGAGUUCCGACAGCGCAUGACUGAUCUAGGCCUUGCGGUCGUUGAAGAGGGCGAAGAGAUCGGGUAUGAUGACUGGGAGAGUCCAGACGGCGAUGCACUAGCAGUGAAGUGCUGGUGGUCCGUUUGGGGAUGGAGUGAGAAGGUAUGA